GUUGACUCACGCAGUGACAAAAUGGUGGAUCGAGAGCUUCCGGUGUCAAUUGUGCUCUUUCCGAGUCGUCAGCCAUCAUGCCGCCCAAGAAGGACACGAAGGGGUCUUCCAAGCAGCCCCAGAAAACCCAGAAGAAGAAGGAGGGAGGAUCUGGAGGUAAAGCCAAGAAGAAGAAGUGGUCGAAGGGAAAAGUCCGUGACAAGUUGAACAAUCAGGUGCUCUUUGAUAAGGGCACGUACGACAAACUUCUUAAAGAAGUACCUCAGUACAAACUCAUUACCCCCUCGAUAGUGAGUGAGAGGCUGAAAAUUCGAGGUUCACUAGCUAGGCGAGCUCUCAUUGAACUCCAACAGAAGGGAUUGAUCAAGCAGGUAGUUCAGCAUCAUGCCCAGCUCAUCUACACUCGUACCACCAAGGGCGAUGAUCCUGCUGCGUAAUAAUAUCCCUGUAUAAAUCGGUUUAAUAAUAAAAAAUCUAUAAACCCACA